CCAGUACUUCCCGAAAGUUGACACUGUAAUGUUCAGAGUGGACUGGGUCUCAGCUCCACGCUCCCCUCGUUUCGUAUAUGUUGUCCGCUGCCCCGUUUGCCGUUGCCAACCUUUUGAUUGAAUUCCGUAUGAACAUCAUUCGAGAAUCGAGAAUCUAUACUUGGCGGUUAGCGAUAUUCUGCUCUAUUGUGCUCUUCCCAAGCUGUCGACCCGACCAUCUGCUCAUUUCUCUUCCUGUCGUAAAAGGCUGCGAGGCGAGCGAAACCCUCGCACUAUUCUCACUUACUGAACUGCCAAAGUCGAACCAUAUUUUUCAAAUCUCAAGAGCGCGUAAAUUUCAACUUCGCGAAUCACCGGAAAGCAGUCUUUGGCCAACAUGGACGACAUGGAUAUGAGCUCAAAUAGCACCAGUGAUUGCAAGAUCACCAUGCUUUGGAAUUGGUACACAAUCGACGCAUGCUUUCUCUCCACGUCAUGGCACAUCACCAACAACGGCAUGUUCGCCGCCACUUGCAUCGGCAUCAUGCUCCUCGUGGUCAUCCUCGAGUUACUUCGGCGCGUCGGCAAGGAGUUCGACGCUCACAUCUUGCGCCAAUUCCAACGUCAAGUGGAGGUCCAGGCGUCGGCACCCAAAGACACCACCAGUAGCGGGAACGGCUGCGGAGACACCCGUCCGCCCCCACCUGCCCCCAGGCCCCAAGUCGUCGUCUUCCGCGCCACACCACUACAACAGCUCAUCCGCUCCGUAAUCCACGCCGUCACCUUCGGCUUGGCGUACGUUGUCAUGUUACUGGCCAUGUAUUUCAACGGCUACAUCAUCAUCAGCAUCAUCAUCGGCGCGGGCAUCGGCAAGUUCCUCUGCGAUUGGAUGGUGCACAAGGUCGUUGUGGGGACGGCAAGUGAAAGUGAAGAGCCAACUGGUAUCGAGGAGCCGUCGGUGUGUUGUGGUUGAGCGCAGGUGGUGAAGAAGGAUGGCUUAAAGAUACCCAAAUAGGGGCGUAAGGAGUUUCGGAUUGCAGCGUGCCAUUUUUGGGGCGCAGCUACUGUUUGAUCAAGAUUGACCCUCUCGAGGCUUGAUCCUGUCGAUGCAUAGCACCAUCGAUACUGGCGUGAUUGCCAAUUAAAUUCCAUUCAUCAAAUGCUAUCGUAAAUUGACGAGGUGAACACACAGGAGACGUGCACUCCACCAUGCGCAAGCCAAGGUUCUUGGACGAGUAUAUGAUCGGGUAUGUAUGCCAUCGCGCAUCCCAUUGACCCCAACAAUGUUGAAUGGUAGUAAGCUUGCCGUCAGCUAUUGUCUAAUACCAGGAAGUUAUCAUUCUCUUUCUUCUAUAGGAUUCAUCUCGAGUUUUUAUCAUACGAAUCUCGACCAAAGGAAUGUUGCUUACCAGCC